UUUUCAAGAUCUGUUCGAUGGCUAUCUAUUCAUACAAGGAGAUACAAAGUCGUAUAUAAAUCCUUAUAUUUUUAAAUUAUUGAACAUUGGUUUUGAAGAACAUUGCAGAAAACGUGACAGCAAUGUACUAAUGUGACUCGGCAUGAAGGCGUCAAGGCAAAGUCAAGACGUUUCUGAAACUGAUACAACACAAUAGUAUUGACCACCAUUAUCAUAGUAAGCUAAUUUAGAUCCACAGCUUGUUUUGCGGUGAAGUUUGAUCGUCCAUCAAUAGAGAUACAGCAAGAUGGCUCGUCCGUCUUGCCUAUUGUUUGGUCUUUGUUUAGUAUCAUUCUGUGUUUACAAAGUCUACAGUAUAAACUGCUUUAAAUGUGAGUCCAAGACAUCCUGGCAAGACUGCAACAACAACGCUAGAAAGGUCAACUGUUCGGAUAUCAAACACUUAAACAAUUGCAUGCAGCAAUACGAGUAUAAAAUAUUUGUUAACGGGACAAAAAUGCAAAACAGUGACCAUUACAAGAGAGGCUGUGCWGCAAGGGAACAAUGUAACGGUCUUGAAGACUACUGUGCAAGACUGGGCAUGAGAUGCAAAAUUAAUUGUUGUCCCAAAGAUUUCUGUAACGGCUACAAUUCGGCGACAAGUAAAGCUGGACCUUACUUAGUAGCAUAUCUUUUUCCUAUCGUUUAUAUCAUUAAUUAGCAUCGUUGUUUGAAUGUGUCUCAAGAGAAAAAAUAAAACAUAAAAUAAUCUCC